CAGUUGACAGCUCUGAUGGAAAAAUCAACUGUGCUAAAUUGUAGUGGAGACCCCAAAUCAGAGGACAACAAAUCAGAUGUGAAAGCUAUGAUGGCUCGUUUCCAAACAGGAGGUCCAUCUACGGAGGGGACUCCAGGUGUUCGUCCAAAACUACCUGUCCAGCCCACAUUAUCUUCAGGCCCAGCGGUGCCUGGUAAGAAGCCUAUUCUCGAAACUAGCCUCUCCGGUGGAGCUACUACUACCUCAACUGCCCCCAAACCAAACUUUUUAAAGAGCACAGUCAACACAGCUAGAAGCGCUCCAGACAUGCAUGAUCCUCCGAAGCCAAAAGCUUUCGGGACUAGGUUUGAAAACACACAAGAGAACAACAGGGUCAACUUUAAAGUUCCCGUUAAACCUAAACCACCAGACUUGUGCCAGGAUUCUGAGACUUCAAAGACCCCAUUCCCAAAAGGACCACUACAGAAGCUUCCUUCAAGCAUUAUGGCGAACGAUUCAAAGGUGAUAAGUCCAAAGCCACUGGCUACUACGGUAAAACCACCCUGGGUCAAAGAUAUCCCAAAAGCUGAAGACAACUCUAGCUCUAAUCCCACCCUUCCAAAAAUGCCAUUAGCACCCAAACCGAAAAGCACCAUGGCUAUGUUGCGCCAGCAGCCGGAGGAAAGUAGCACUAUGGAGCCUGCAAGACCUUCCUCAGUAUCUCAUCUGAAACCAACAAGUUUCCGUAUUAAAAAUAGCUUCAACAAACCAGAGGAAGUUGUUAAAGAGGGUGCUAAAGCACCAAGUGCUAAUGAGUCAGUCUCAAAGCCUGCAGCGCCUCAUAAACCCAACUUUCCAAGAAAACCAUCCGGGCCUCCUGCACAAACAGUGAACAAUGACCCUUCAGCCCCCAAGAAGAAACCUUUAACCAAUAGCUAUGCCCUGGGCAGCGCCCCUGCCAAACCCAACAGACCUCCCAAUGUCAACCUUGAGAAGUACAAGAAGGGCUCAGAGGCUGCAACAGACAGUCCUGUACCAAAGAAUGUAGCUCCCCCUCCUCCACCCGCCUCUCACCCCAGUAGUCAAGCACCUCCACCACUGCCCUCUCAACCCUUACCUCCCAGCCUGCCCCCACGACCUUCAGGACCUUUAAUUCAAGAUGAGAAUUAUGACGAUGUGGAGAGCUUGAGAGAGUCAUCUAGGGAGGGAAGUGAAAGUGAUGGUGAGAUAUAUGAGGAUCUCGAUGACAGUCGGUCUGCUGCAGAGACAAGUCAGCCUCAAAAGAAGCAAGACAAAGACAUUAAAAAUCAGAAAGACCGUGAGAAAAAGGAGAAAGAAGCAAUUAAGAAGUUUAAAAUAACAGCACCCCUGCAGGUUAUUCAUCAGGUAAAAGCUAAAGCUGACUGCAAGGGUGGGAAAAAUGACCUCUCUAUAAAGAAGGGCGAGUCAAUUGAUAUUAUUCGAAUCACUGACAACCCAGAGGGUAAAUGGCUGGGCCGAGGUCAAGAUGGAUCAUUCGGCUAUGUUAAAACGGAAAUGGUUGAGAUCGACUUCAGCGUCUUGAAGAAUCAAGGCCUGUCUUUUCCUCAUAACUUGGAAAAUGAGGAGGUGUACGAUGACGUGGAAUCUAUGGACGAUAAAGGGAAAAUGAAUGGGCAGCGGGUUGUUUUACCUCCACCGCCAGAUGAUGAUGUGUAUGAUGAUAUACCUGAUUCCAAUCCUAAUCCAAUAAGCAGUGGAGAUCCCAGGCCACUCUUUAAAUCGCGCAACUUCUUGGACAUGCUCAAAAGUUCGGUUGAACGGAGAAAAAGCCAAGUUCACAAUAAUGACAUUCCUCCACCUCCACAAUUUACACCUGAAGGAAAUAAAGACAUUUGCCAAGACAUAUACGAUGAUGUUGAUUCAUUCCCUUCCGCUCCAUCCACUUGCAGCCUUCCUCAAAUGAAAUCUAAGGCGACCAAAGUUCAUGAGGACCCCAAAAAACAAAGGAAGUUUGAGAAAGAAGAAAAGGAAUUCAGAAAGAAGUUUAAGUACGAUGGUGAGAUUCAGGUACUUCAUCAAGCAACAAUUGCCACCAGUAAGAAGGGCAGUGGGAAAGAGCUGGCUGUACAGGCUGGGGAGACUGUGGACGUCAUCAGCAAAUCUGACCCUGACAAAUUCAUCUGUAGGAACAAGGAGGGCAAAUUUGGAUAUGUCUCAGCGAGCAACAUCCAACCAGAUGAAGAGGUCUAUGAUGAUAUUGGAGAUGACUGCAUCUAUGACAACGACUGAAGAUCUCACACCAUCAUCAUCUCAUCUUCUGGUGCAGCUCAUUAUUUCUGGCCCCAUUUGUCUUCUUGGUUGUUGAUGUUAAGUGUAUUUAUUAUAUGGACACAAUCAUUUGGAGUCCACUUUUUCUGUUGGAAUAAACAGUUUAGUUCCAUUAUAAAAUCAUAGUUACCUUGACUGAGUGAAAAUAAAUGGCUUCUUGUGCAGAUUGGCCACCAAAAAUA